AUGGAGUGCCUAGGUGUUCCUAUUGACCAUCGACUGCGGCGAGUGAUUCGUGAGGCAAGACGUAUCGAUCGGGACAAGGAAAAUUCCGACCAUAUUCAGCUUCUUCAUAGCUUUGGAUCAUCUCUAGAGGUUGACGAGAGUGACUACCCGAUAUGUGACCUGAGCUUCGGACUCGAAAUGGCGCGACCAGAAUUGAAGGGUGGUGUCCUUAUUGUACUGGAACGGCCUCAUUCGAAACAGAAAAACUCGGACGGAUUUAUGGAAGGCAAACGCAACUGCCGAACCAUUAAUGCAGUGUCGGAUCUUAUUUCUGCUGUAAACAACGAUAAGUUGGGUUUUGACGAUGUCAGCUUAUUUGAUGCAAUACCUUUUCUAGAUGAGACAGUCGCGGGAAAAGAUCACCAGGAUAUCAUCAAUGAAGCACAGAAUGUUUUCGCCGAUAUGGCUAGGGCUAAAGACCCUGAUAUCAUUCUAUGCUGCUUCAAAACUGAGACUCAAAACUCUCUUGUCAAGAAACUUCAGAGCCGAGGAGUAGGGCGGAGUUUCUACCCUGAUAACCCAAAGCUUACCGGAUUUGGUUUUUCGUCUACCCUUGUGAAUGCAUUUCACCCAAGUUACGCUGUUAACUAUUAUCCAAUAUCCUCUUGCUUCAAGCAACUCCUGGUUCUAGAGUUUACGAAGGCAUUUGCUCUUUGGAGGCAGAGCUGGACUGAAGAGCCAUGGAUGAAGGGGUUAAGAGAUGAAUGCCGGAUCAGAGCAAAAAGGAAAGUCGGUGAAAAGAAUAUCGACGGGAAAUGGAACCGAUCGUAUAUCAAAGAGCAGUGGGAAGAACUUCUUACCUCCCUGGAUGCACAGUUUGAAAAAUGUUUCUUCCAAAAUCCUAAAGAUAUCGGGGCAGGGGAUUUGCAGCGCAAGCUUGUGGAUUCAAAGAUCACCUGGCUAUCUUGCGAUAUUGCAUGGAUUCUCGAGGAACUAACCCCCGAAGAAACAAUCACUUUGGAAAUGCCGCAACAGUUGUUGUGCAAGCUUCGAAGAUGGUGUCGUAAGGCGUGGCCAGAAGACCAACUUCGACGCAAUCCGAGCAACUCUAAUGGGUACUACGACCAUUUACCCCUCCUGCUUUUAAAGUCAAACCAACCGAGCACACUUGCAAAAAGUCUGGAGAGCAGACUCUUUGGCCUCCUUCGCGAUCUGAACCUCUCUUUUAAUCGAUUGCAUAACGAUGUUUAUCAUAAUUUACUUGCCCAGAGAUGUGCUUUUCGAAGGUUUGCUGCUGCUUUCGAGGACAUACUAGAAGACAUUGCGGACAAUGAUCUUUCCCUGGAAGGAACCGAGCUUCACCACGAAAUGGGCUUCUUAAGUCUGAAUGGAACAGCAGACUAA